CACCACAGGAAGCUGAUCUCCCGGCCGACCGACCGUAUCUGUUCGGUUACCAUCCUCAUGGUAUCAUCGGGAUGUGAGUGUGCAGCAGAGGACAUGUAUCUUGCGUUCGAAGUUGACGUCAUACCUAGGGGUGCGGUCGCGACCUUUGCCACGGAAGCGACGGGUUUCUCGCAAGCUUUCCCAGGAAUCAGACCACACCUGCUCACCCUCUCAAGCAACUUCAACAUUCCAUUCUAUCGGGAAGCGUUG